UCUGUGAAAGAAAGUCACAAAGAAAGCUUCAUGUGUGAUGGUUCCUGUGACUUCACUGGGAGAAAAAUCUGUGCUGUAUUUCACAGAAUCCACAGAGGAAAGAAAUCUUAUAAUUGUCAUCAUUGUGGGAAAGACAUGAAUCAACAGUCAUCCCUGAUUUGCCAAGAAAAAAUUCAUACUGGAGAGAAACCACAUGAGUGUCACAAAUGUGCUGAACCUUUUAGUGAACACUCAUCCUUCAAUAUUCAUCACAGUGUUCACAGUGACAAGAAACUUUAUGAAUGUAAUCAGAGUGGAAAGGCUUGGAGUUACAGCUCUAGUCUUGCUAUACAUCAGAGCAUCUGCACUGGAGAGAAACCAUAUGAAUGUGAUAAAUAUGGAAAGGCAUUCACACAGAGCUCGAACCUUACUCAACAUCAGAGAAUCCACAAUGGUGAGAAACCUUAUGAAUGUAAUCAUUGUGGAAAAGAUUUCAGAUUUAAAAGCCAUCUUACUGUACAUCAAGGAAUCCACACUGGGGAGAAACCUUAUGAAUGUAAUCAAUUUGGAAAGGCUUACACAGAGAGCUCCGAUCUUGCUCAACAUCAGAGAAUCCACACUGGAGAGAAACCAUAUGAAUGCAAUCAAUGUGGAAAGGCUUUCAGAAUCAACUACAGUCUUGCUGUACAUCAGAGAGUUCACGAUGGGGAGAAACCUUAUGAAUGUAAUCAGUGUGGAAAGGCUUUCACAGAGAGCUCCAGUCUUGCUGUACAUCAGAGAAUCCACACUGGGGAGAAACCAUAUGAAUGUAAUGAAUGUGGAAAGGCUUUCAGAAUCAACUCCCAACUUGUUGCACAUCAGAGAAUCCACACCGGAGGGAAACCUUAUGAAUGUGAUAAAUACAGAAAGGUAUUCACACAGAGCUCCAACCUUACUCAACAUCAGAGAAUCUACAAUGUUGAGAAACCUUAUGAAUGUAAUCAUUGUGGAAACACAUUCAGAUUUAAAAGCUAUCUUACUGUACACCAGAGAAUUCACACUGGGGAGAAGCCUUAUGAAUGUAAUCAAUGUGGAAAAGCUUUCAGAAAAAACUAUUGGCUUAUUACACAUAAGAGAAUCCAUACUGGGGAGAAACCUUAUGAAUGUAAUCAAUGUGGAAAGGCUUUCAGAAAAAAUUCUGGUCUUAUUAGACAUAAGAGAAUCCAUACUGGAGAGAGACCUUAUGAAUGUAAUCAGUGUAGAAAGGCUUUCACAGAGAGUUCCAGUCUUGCUGUACAUCAGAGAAUCCACACUGGGGAGAAACCUUAUGAAUGUAAUCAAUGUGGAAAGGCUUUCAGAAAAAACUAUAGUCUUACUUCACAUCAGAGAAUCCACACUGGGGAGAAACCUUAUGAAUGUAAUCAAUGUGGAAAAGCUUUCACAGAGAGCUCCAGUCUUACUUCACAUAAGAGAAUCCACACUGGGGAGAAACCUUAUGAAUGUAAGCAUUGUGGAAAGGCCUUCACAGAGAGCUCCAGUCUUACUGUACAUCAGAGAAUCCACACUGGGGAGAAACCUUAUCAGUGUAAUCAGUGUGGAAAGGCCUUCACGGAGAGCUCCAGUCUUGCUAAGCAUCAGAGAAUCCACACUGGAGAGAAACCUUAUCAAUGUAAUCAAUGUGGAAAGGCCUUCACAGAGAGCUCCAGUCUUACUGUACAUCAGAGAAUCCACACUGGAGAGAAACCUUAUGAAUGUAAUCAAUGUGGAAAGGCUUUCAGAGAGAGCUCCACUCUUGCUAAGCAUCAGAGAAUCCACACUGGGGAGAAACCUUAUGAAUGUAAUCAAUGCGGAAAAGCUUUCAGAAUGAACUCCAAACUUGCUGCACAUCAGAGAAUCCACACUGGGGAGAAACCUUAUGAAUGUAAUCAGUGUGGAAAGGCUUUUCCAGAGAUGUCCAGUCUUACUGCACAUCAGAGAAGCCACACUGGGGAGAAACCCUUGUGA